CGACAGGUGGGACGGUCGCCAACGUGGUGCAGCAUCCAGCUGUCCCGUCAACCUCAUCCAAGAAGCGCUACCUCCCCUUUUACGACAACACUACACGGGCUAUGCCUGAUCCUGAUAGCUGCGGCUCAUCUUGAGUGCUGCAGGUCCAUCUAUUGAGAAAUAACCUUUGUUUACGACUUUAUCCUACAAUGCCUGCUUUCGUAGAGGUUGUAGCCGUUGCCUGCCUGGUCUGGUGUUUCUUCAUCGUCAUCGUCCAAGCUAUCGGCAUCAGCGCUAUCUUCCGCUACUUUUCCCGCCCCCCACCAGCAUCCAAGUCCUCGACUCUCGGCGACGAUGCACCCGCCGUCACCAUAAUUCGACCAGUGAAAGGCGUCGAGCCCGAACUCUACGACUGCAUUGCCUCGACGUUUCGACAGGACUAUCCACAGAAUAAAAUAUCCGUGCGACUAUGCAUCGAAGAUUCCAGUGACCCCGCCUUUCCCAUACUGGAGCAACUGGUUGCCGACUUUCCAUCGUUUGACGUCAAAGUUUUGGUCGAAACACAAGAUCCGAUGCUGCAUGGGACAGAUGGCCAUAUUGAUAACCUAGGCCCGAAUCCAAAGAUACGCAACAUUAGCAGAGCGUAUAGAGAGGCCAAAGGAGACAUCAUCUGGAUCAUUGAUUGCAAUGUUUGGGUACCAGUUGGUACGCUGGGCCGCAUGGUGGACAAACUAAUGGGCUUUUGCGCCACCGGUAAACCUAGCGUGCCGUAUAAAUUUGUCCACCACAUGCCCCUUGAGGUUGAUUUGGUAAAUUAUGCACCGGAAGCUUUGGUGGACAAUCAGCAACCUCUCUUGUCGUCGACUUCCGCUAGUUCCGUAAGUCGGCGCGAAUCGCUUCUUGACAAGAUCUUGGCCAAUGGGGGCGGUCGCUUGGACGAAAUGUUCAUGGCAACGACUCAUGUCAAAUUCUAUGGCGCCAUAAACACGGUUGGCGUAGCCCCUUGCAUAGUCGGGAAGAGCAACAUGUUCCGCAAGUCCCAUCUCGACAUGGUCACAAGCAACAAACACAACCCGGCUUUGCGCCAAGAUGACACGAGACCGCCUGGAAUUGACUAUUUUUCCCACCAGAUAUGCGAGGACCAUCUCAUUGGUGACUUGCUCUGGAGAUACCCAAUGGCUGGAUUCGCCAACCAUGGGCUGGUUUGGGGUGACCCAGUUAUUCAGCCCAUGGCAGGCAUGUCAGUCAUUGCAUACGCGGCACGACGAAGCCGAUGGCUGCGAGCUCGAAAGUUUACAGUCUUGGCCGCAACUCUUGUUGAGCCGGGUGUCGAAUCACUUCUCUGUUGCUCCUACUUUGCGUUUGGUCUGACUACGCUUCCAUUGUGCCAACAGACACUCAGUGUUCCUCCCACAUGGUCCGCCAUGUUUCUGAUAUGGCUAAUCUGCCUCCUAAUGUGGAUGGCUGUUGACUGGUUCACAUUUCAGCAUCUUCAUUCCGGCAAAUCAGUACAGAUGGACGCAAACACCCCGUCCUUUGCCAAAGGGACCCGCCGCAAUGGAGGUGUCCCACGCCGCAGCUUUAGUGAAUGGCUUCCGGCGUGGAUUGGCCGAGAGCUCCUGGCGCUUCCCAUUUGGACCUAUGCAGUACUCCUUGGCACAACGGUAACUUGGCGUGGAAAGACAUUCCGUGUGAAUAUGGAUACAACAGUGGUUGCUUUGGAUCCCAGAGGUGAAGCCCGUGGGACCAAAACGCCAGAGUUGGAGAGGGGUCGCCAUACAAGCAAGGACCGUGUGGAUUGAUGAAGUACUGCUAGACAUGACGACGGCUAUGAAUAAUCAAUUGGAAUAGACUUGCUGCUAGUAAUAGUAUACUAGUAUAUGGUAACGAAUUAUACCCACUGGUUUAGCUACCUAACCCUUUGCCGCUUACGAGUGACAGCGAGAUCCGCCCGCGCGCAUCUACAGUACAACACGAAUCCAUCUCAACUGGCCACUAACAUAGACUAUGAUAAGCACAGCCCAACAAAUUUCAGCCAUAUUAUAACAGUUGAUCCCGUCUGGUGCAAUACUUGCCUCAUUUCCCCACAUUGAAGCCAAGCCAAAUCAGGCCCGUGCUUCCUGACAGAGGGCCGUGCAGAGACAAGUGUUCCGGUUCUUUUUCUUCGUGAGGGGAAGCUAGAUGACCCCAGGUGUUCGUAUACAAUGCAAAAUGGGGUAGAGCGCUGGGGUAAACCAAGCCCAAAGCAGCGCUCCUUUAACCGCUAUGAUGGGCUAACAGCCACCAUUGACAUGCAGCUGCGGGGCGCACCCGGCUGGGCUGGGGUUGUUUACUGAAUGGCUUGGCCACAGGAAAAACAGCGGGCAAGACCGGAGGCUUACUGGGCGCCAUUCAGUGUCUCCAAAGGCCAGCCAAGAUCGUCCUGGGCGCUGGCUCGGCGAUUCCUGUGCUGCUGGUGGCUUUGAGCGCCCAAGGAACGCAAGGCGUCAACGACGAGGCGACGACAACGACAGAAGGGCUGCCAGUUGGCAGAUGCUACCAGCUGGCGACAGCUGGCAACAAAGCGCAAUUUUUUUUCCAUCUAGGGAUAGCUUGUUAGACGAGCACAUGUCUCCAAAAAAUUCUUCCUCUCCUCUUCUCCAUCCACAACACUCGCAAUCUCGGCCAUUUAGGAGACAACUCGCUUGCAC